AUGUCAAAUGGACAAUCUCAUACCAGACCUAGAGGACGACGAAAGCGCUUCAAGCUAUUAUCGUUCAAUUACGUCGCUCUGAUAAUAUCAUCAAUAAUAUUACUGCCGUCCUGUCUGGCUCAAGAUAGUUCUGCUGUAUCCAGUACUUCUACAUUAUCUACAAGUACACGUACAACUCUUUCUUCCACACCCACUCAAAGCACUUCAUCAACUUCAACUAGAACCGCAACCACCUCAUCAUCAUCAUCAAAAUCAUCUUCUACAAGUAUUACUUCCAGUAAUCUAUCAACUCAAACAUAUUCCAUUCCAAGUUUACCUACAACAGUUACGAUUCCAUCAUUAAACAAAACAUCACCUUUAAUACAAAUCGUAUUUCCUUCAACUGAUUCAAUCUACUUGACAUUCACAAUAUGUACCUCUUUAACUUCCAACUCAACUUUACUACCUACAAUAUUAUUAGCAAAUACCGAUUCACCACCUGAAUCCAAUACCAACUCCAGCUCCAGCUCCAGCUCGACUGAUUCUAGUACCGUGUCGUUCGAUUUGGGUUCGAAAUCAGUCGUAGACCAAUCUUCUGGAGGUAUGAAAAGCACUGGAUAUAAUAGAAGAUCAAGUAAGAAUGGUCAAAACUGGUUGAUCAAUCUGAAUAAAGGUUUCGGUAAUUUCACAAUGAAUAACACUGAUACCGACAGUGAUACCAAUACCAACACCAAUACAGAAGACGGACAGGCGAAUUAUGUGAAUGUGUUAUUUGGUUUAGGAUUACAGAACGAUGGUGUGACUCUGAUAGAUGAAGUUGUAAAUCAAGAUGUGCAAGGUAAUUUGGUUAUACAAAUGACAGCUUCGAGAGAUGAUCCCUUACAAACCAUCACUUCCUCUUUACCAUUCUUGGGAGACACAACUUCGAAUCAAGCUUUGAUCUUCUCACCAUUGCUUUACACUUUAACCAAAAAUCAACCCACUUAUCCAAAUUAUACAUUAUCGAAUCCCCAAUCACCUUUCCCACCUCUUAACGAUAAUCUAUCACCUUCUUCUUCUUCUUCUUCACUUAUAUCAGGAAAUACUAGUUUAUCUGAUAAUUUAACUUUGUAUAUCGUCCCGACGGAUCAAUCACCCACCAAUGAUGGAUUUGGAUUAGAUUACUCUUCAUGUGCGAUCGAAUUAGCUGUGAACGAGACUGAAUCAAUAGGUGAUAACAAAGUAGUUGUGAAAACUAUAGAACCCGAAUGGUCUGAAAUAGAUAACACGAUUGGAUAUAGACAUCAUUGGGUUAUAGGUGGUCUGAACCCUUCAACUAAUUAUACUACUUGGUUAAAGGAUGAUAAAGGUGUCCUAGCAGGUCCGAUAUGGUUUACGACCAAGGAAGAAACAUUCCCUUGUCAAUUGGUAAUACCAACUUCCAUCUGUCCAUCAAUAGCUUAUUCAGCUCCAUUACCAAUCAACUCUACGGCAUCUUCAUCUCCCUCAGGAGGAUUGAUCUCAGAGACAUCACCAAUCCAAUCACUCCCAGAUAAUCUGACUUCCAUCAUCAAUGAGAAUUUAGAAUCUUUUUCAACUUCGUUAUUAUCUCAAGCAUGUGGUAGAGAUCUAUAUUCCCACGUUUCCAGUUGUUCAGAUUGUUUUGAUUCAUAUAGGAAUUGGUUAUGUCAUUUAUUGAUUCCGCAAUGUGCCAGUUCAAACUCAAGUGAUUCGUCAAGUUCAAGCUCAAGCUCAAGCUCAAGUUCCAACGAUACUAUCACGUCGGGUGUGCCAACACCUUCAACUAUACAUCGAUCUUCUUCCAGUCAACGUAAUUCAGGAUUAUACACAGCAUCAUACGAAUAUGAAGAAUUAUUACCUUGUUUGUCAAUCUGUAAUGAAGUCGAUAAAAAAUGUCCUGUGAAUAUGGCAUUUAGAUGUCCGAGAAGAAGAGUGAACGCAGAUCAAAGUUAUGCUUUUAAAGGUCUGUCAGAUGAAAAAGGUGAUGGAAGUGUUCAAGGUGGUAUUCCAUCAAACGACAUUUACGGUAAUAGAUGGUGUAACGGUUGA